AUGUCCCUUACUCAGCCAUCGAUUGACAAGGAAACAGAAAUCGACAAUAAACUUGUGGAGGCUCUGCUGCUAGACAUCUCAGAAGGGAACAAUGACGAAGACGUCGAGGAUUCAGAUUGGUUCGGAGAUGUUGAUGACAUGCCCGCCGAUCCAAACGUACAAGAAGCCAAGGAUUUGAAUGCAACCUUUCAAGUGAAUUACUCCAAGGCUUCAGUGCAAUUUCACGGAGCUAACUCUCUCCACAAUCAUUUGGAAGAGUAA